CACGCUUACUUCCUUUGCAGAAGGAAGUGCAGUGUUUGCUCCUUCAUGUGUUGUUUACAGAUAAACUCCUGCUCUGUGCGCACACAUGUGCUGUUAACUUGGUGGUUUUAGGGUCGGACAUAUUGCAGGUUUGUGUGGUUAAUCAUCCAGGGGACGUAAACAAUGUCAGCGGAAGAAGCAGAUAAAACAAUAACACCGGCGGAGCCUCCUGUGGGGGAUGAGGAGGAGGAGUGGCUCUAUGGUGAUGAAGGAGAGGCAAAAGAGGCCGAGGAAGAAGAGGCCAAACUCACAGCCGCUGUCAGUGCCCCCCCUGCUCCUGCAGCCCCAGAGGAGGAGAGCACUGGAAAUGGAGUGACGAGUCAGGAGGAGGCGCAGGGUGACAACGAGGACAGCGAGAGUGACAGCGAUGAUGACGACGACGACGUUCGUGUUACCAUCGGUGACAUUAAGACAGGCGCGCCUCAGUACACGUCUUACGGAGCUGCGCCGGUUAAUCUGAACAUAAAGACAGGUGGCAGCAGGCCGUAUGGAGCAGUGGGAGCGAAGGUGAAAGGUGUGGAUCUGGAGGCUCCAGGCAGCAUCAAUGGGGUCCCUGUGCUGGAGGUGGACAUGGAGUCCUUUGAGGAAAAGCCCUGGAGAAAACCUGGUGCUGACUUGUCGGACUACUUUAAUUAUGGCUUUAAUGAGGAAACCUGGAAGGCGUACUGUGAGAAACAGAAGCGGCUGCGGAUGGGCCUAGACUCCAUCGCCAUCAGCUCUGUUACCAGCAAGAUUUCUGUUCAGCAGGGCAGGACGGGGAACGAUAAAGAGGCUGCACUUCCUGUUCAUGUCGCUAAAACUGACUUUACCUCCCCAUCGACCCUGUACAAGACCGGCCUAAACCCGGCCAGGAUAUCCCCUCCACAGUGGGCGGGGCCUGCAUCCCAAGACACGCUCUAUUAUACGAAGACUACUGGGACCAUUGAUGUGAUUGGUGGACAAACAGCCACCAUCAGCAGGGUGGAGGGACGACGCCGACACAAUCUGGAGGGAAACAACAUCCAGGUGAUCUCUGAACACACCUCCACUGAAGCUGAGGCCACGCCUGCCAAACUCCCUACAUUCUUCCCCCCAGGGCCCCUCCCUCCCAACAUGCCACCACCUCCAUUCCUGCCUCCGCCCCCUGUUAGCCAAGCUCCACCUCUUAUUCCUCCACCAAGAGUCCCGAUCACCGUCCCUCCUCCUGGUUUCCCGCCUCCUCCCAGUGGCCCGCCCCCUAACCUCAUGCCAACCUUAGACAACAGUGGACAUCCAGGAGGAUACGACUGCCGUCCUGUCACUCCAUAUCCUUUCCCACCAGGGGCUUACCCACCACCCUUGCAGGGGCCUGUGAACAACUGGCCCGGGAUGAUAGACAACACGAAGCAGUGGGAUUAUUACCCCCGCCGAGAGAAAGAGCGAGAGAAGGAGAGAGAGAGGGAGAGGACGCGGGACCGAGGACACGAACGGGAGAGAGAGAGAGAGCGAGAGCAUAGUCCUACGUCCAUGGCCUACAACAGUGAUGAGGAGCGCUACCGUUACCGUGACUACGGAGACCGUGGGUACGAGCGUCAUCGGGACCGGUCGAGCCGAGAGAAAGAGGAGAGACACCGUGAGAGGAGACACAGAGAGAAAGAGGAGGGAAGGCAUAAGUCCUCACGCAGCAGUAGCAGAAGGAGGCACGACAGUGAGGAAGGAGACGGCCAUCGCAGGCACAAACAUAAGAAGUCUAAGAGGAGUAAAGAAGGCAAAGAGCCGAGCGAGGAGCGAGCAGCUGACCAGGAGAACCAGGAGGCCAUGGAGUAACAUCUCACUUGAGCUCUGACCCAGGCUCGUGCCAGCAGAAACCAAAUCCUCUACACUCUUCUCUAGCAAUUUUUCCAUUUUGGUUCUUCUGUUUGUUCCGAUGUGUUUUCUUCAAUUCUUGUGUAGAUGUUGAUUUGUUGGAUUAAAAAAAGGCAUUUGGUCAUUUCUGUAA